AUGGCAACUCCUGGAAGACGAAUAAAUUUAAGACCUCCGGACAAAGGAAGCUUCCCUCUUGAUCAUGAAGGUGAAUGUAAAAAUGCAAUGACAAAAUACAUGACCUGUUUGAAAGAAAACCAGCAAGACAAUGGAUUGUGUAGGGUUCAAGCUAAAGAAUACCUGGAGUGUAGAAUGAACAAUAAUCUCAUGGCAAAAGAAGCAUGGUCCAAACUUGGAUAUAAGGAUUUAGUGAACACAUCACCACAACCAGUAUCUGGAAAAUCAUGACACUGGAACCUGCCGUAUAGAACUUAUCACAUUUUGUGUAAUAUGUAAAUCAGACCAAAUAUUCUGUAGCUUAUACACAUUUUGAUGUUAUCUAUUUUACAUUCUCCCCUCUUAAUAAAAAAUAUCAUUGUU